UUUAUCAAACGUUCAAGGGUUGAACGAUGGCUUGUCUUCCAUCCCAAGACAAAUCCUUUGGGGGCCCUUGGCCAAGCUUCCUUCCGUCCUUCCGUCCCGUCCACAUCCAGACCUCUUGAUUUGGUGAGAGACAGCUGCCAUCGCAGCUCUUGACUCGGAUCGGUCAUCAACCAACAUACGAAUACCUACCUACACACACCAGCCUCUGCCCCUUUGAGCUGGCCGAUGAGAGUGUUCCCGUCCUCCAUCUGCAUCCAUCUGCACCAGCCCGUUUCACUCGCACUUUUCUGUGUUGGCCCCCACCCAGUCCUGUGUCGAGACUUCCCGCCUCUGGUUCGAGUGGACAAGGAGGCCCUUCUUCUCGUUCAUGUACGCUCUGUGGCCUCUACUCAGCGAACAUCGGAUAUCGUCCCCCCCCCUCUCUCUCUCGUCCCAGAUUCAGGAUGAAGUGCCCUACCUACAUUACCUAUACAUGUGCAACACGACACGGACCUUUCCAAGUUUCCAGCCUCAACUUACUCCGCGGCCUCCGCCGAAACUGGCGCCAGAGCCCUCUUCCGCCACGUCCGUUGUGCGAGUGACGCGUUCCGCCGCGCAGCCUCAAUGCAUUACCGCCUACGGCAUGAUCGGUCGGCCGUCACUCGCAGCUCGUUGCCCGCACCGCCGUUGCGGCCCUCUUUCUCUUCACGACCACGGGGACCAGUCUCGGCCCCGAGCUCAUCCUGGCCCACUGUGCAACGAGACAAAAAGGCGCGGUGGCUUCGGUACUUGGC